AAAGUCGGCUCAGUCCAGCCCAGCCCAACCCAACAAGCCCUCCACCGCGCACCGGUGCACGACGCAGAAGCCCUCCACGGCGCGCAUCGCUCCCCCUCGUCGCCGUUGACGCCGAUGCGCGCCUCCGCCGUCUCCGCUAUGUUCUGCAGGAGAAGAUGCUUCGCAGCGGCGAAUCGGAUCCGGCCUCUCGUCAGGGCCUUCUGCGACGCGCCGGCUUUGCGCCCGGAUUCAGCGUCCGGCGGGGCGCCCAGAUCACAGGAUCAUACCGAGAAAGUUGGUGGCGCGAGGUGUACGCCUGAUGUGCUCGACGUUGCUAUCGUUGGUGGAGGCAUGGUGGGCUUGGCUGUUGCUUGUGCAUUGUCCAAUAUGCCAUUAACAAAACAUCUGAGAGUUGCUAUUAUCGAUAGCAACCCUGCGCUGAAGUCAAGAAAUUAUCUGCCAAAAAACAGUAUACCCGAUUCAAGGGUCAGUACUGUUACUCCUGCAACCAUUUCCUUCUUCAAAGACAUUGGCGCAUGGGAGCAUGUUCAACAGCAAAGACAUGCUUUCUUUGGUAAAAUGCAGGUGUGGGAUUACACUGGACUUGGAUACACGAGGUAUAAUGCAAGAGAUGUGGGCAAAGAACACCUUGGAUGUGUGGUGGAGAACAAGGUGCUUUGCAACUCUCUGCUGUUACGUUUACAGGAAGAAUUGGAUGAUAUCGAAGAUAUGAUAUAUCCUACCAGAUUGGUGUCUCUUACUUUCCCAUCAAAAAACAAACAAGCAGGAAUGAAGGCAGCAUCAAGUGAAGCAGCAUCUGGUGGUCAUACUUCAGAAGAAUUAUACCGCAGUAAUUUAGUUAAACUUGACCUCAGUGAUGGACAGACUUUGUAUUCCAAAUUGGUGAUAGGAGCAGAUGGUUCCAAGUCUAAUGUGAGACAGAUUGCAGGCAUAAAAACAACUGGUUGGAAUUAUCCACAAAGUGCAAUUAUCUGUACUGUGGAGCAUGUUGUGGAAAAUGAUUGUGCAUGGCAGAGGUUUCUCCCUUCUGGUCCAUUUGCACUACUUCCGAUAGGUGACAACUUCAGCAAUAUUGUGUGGACAAUGAGUCCGGAGGAAUCUCUGCGCCAUAAGUCAAUGAGCCCUGAAGAGUUUGUGAUGUUGGUGAACGAUGCAUUGGAUUUCGGUUAUGGUCAACAUCCUCGCUCUAGUACUCUUGAUUAUUACAUGGAAAAGUUAUUUUCUGGUAUCGGGAGCACGGCAGCAUCUACAAAAGAAUGCUUUGAAGUACCACCAAAAGCAACCGGUGUAAUCUCUGAGAGAAUGGCAUUUCCAUUGUCACUGAUGCAUUCCCAUGAUUAUGUUUCGAAAAGGCUGGCACUAGUUGGAGAUGCUGCUCAUACAGUCCACCCCUUAGCCGGCCAAGGUGUCAACUUGGGCUUUGGAGAUGCUGCUGCUUUAGCAAAAGUUAUUGCUGAAGGAGUUUCCAUGGGCUCUGAUGUUGGGGAUCUCUCUUUGCUACAACGGUAUGAGAAAGACCGAAAGGUCGCCAAUGUUGCGAUGACAGCAGUGCUAGAUGGUUUCCAGAAGAUGUACUCUGUUGAUUUUGGACCCCUCAAUGUAGUGAGAGCUGCUGCGUUCCACGGUGCCCAGUACAUAUCACCACUGAAAAGGAACAUCAUCUCAUAUGCAAUGGGCGACACCAAAUGGCCUCUGGUUUCAUGAACAGUAGCAGUUCUUUGGAGCUCCUAGCUCUAAUCUAGUAUGAUGCUUUUGUUUUAUGGCUUUGGCUUGUACUGGAUCACUAAGAAACGUUGUAGAGUGGAUGCAAUGCAACAGGAAAUCAAUAAACUAAAUCUCAUGGUGUUCUCUA